CUUAACCUAAAAAGUAACCAGUUGUCAAAUAUUGUGAGUCAACUUUCGGGGCGUUGAAAAACAAAAGUAAAAUGCCAGUAACACAGCCGCCCAAGGAACAAAUUGUUGAAGCUGAAGAAGUUGGUGAAUAUCAACCAGCUCAGGCGCAGAGGGAAACCACCCUGACGGAUCAUUUGAACAAGAAAUUGUUGACUUCGUUUCUGCAGCGCAUCAAUCAAGUUCAGACGGCAGAGCCUUCGGUGAAAGACGAUUCUAAGUCAGGCGAGGAAGAGGAUAGUAACUUUGAUUAAAAUAAUUUAAGCGAAAAAAAAGCUAAACGAAAAACAUUCCUUGAAGUAUAAACAUAAGCAAUAGACAUAACCUAGAAUAUAA